AUGGUUUAUUGCUCGGCGCUGAACUGUCAGAAUGCCACCAGCGGCGUGUACAAGAACAGCGCUGUUACGUUCUACGGCUUUCCUCUGCAAAAUAAACCCCUCUUGAAGCAGUGGAUUCACAACAUGGGCCGGGACAUGGGAACACCUUCCAAGUAUCAGCGACUGUGUUCAAAGCAUUUUGAGGACAAUUCUUUUGUCAUUGACCCCUUGAAAAUCAGAAAAAACAGACGUCUGCUGAAAGAAGCCGUUCCCAAAAAAUUCAUUCUGGAUGACGAUGGAAACUGGCUCGUUGGCACACCUCAGAGUUUCUGUGGUGGGAGGAGUGCUAAAACUCGAAAACGGAUCCGGAAUCCUGAGCACUCAAGGUCACUUCUGUGUUCUGUUCCUUGUGCAGACUGCCCUGUUCCCAAAAGCAGCACGCAGGCGAGAGAAGCGCUGCACGUCAAGGAGAAAAGGGAGAUUCCUGCAAGGCUCAGCGCGGGCUCCGGUGGUACCGUCGUCGAAUCCAAAUUGCAGAGUCACACAAAACAUGUGGAAAAUACAGAACUGCGCAGAUCAUUCUCAGGAGGAUCCCAAGACUCAAGUCACCAAAUUUCAGAUAAGGGGGUAACAUCUGGGAGUCAUCAGAAUUUGGCAGCAGAUCAGGCAAAUCCAACGGGAAACCGAAAAGAUAACUCUCUUGAGGAAGAAGAACCUGAUAAAUUCGGAGAGAUCCUUCUGCAUCAGCAGCCCCAUACAAGAGAAAGACUGUAUCUGUGUGCAGAAUGUCAGAAGACUUUUAAAUUCAAAAUUGGACUUCUAAAACAUAAGCAGAUUCACACCAAAAACAAUUGGGGGUCAUCGUACAUAUGCACAGACUGCGGCAACAACUUUGGUUGCUACGGGGACUUGGUUCACCACCAGAGAACUCAGAUGGGGGAGAGGCCCUACAAGUGCACGGAAUGUGAAACCAGUUAUGUGGAAAAACCGAGGUUCACUGAUCACCUGCAAACUCCUAACGUGUACGUGUAAUCACUGUGCCCAAAGCUUUCCUGGGAUAGGUUUGUCCAUUUGGUUACCAAAAAAAAAAAAUCUCUCUCCAUCCAGAGAUGGUGGCUUAUAGUCAUACAUUGAUUAUAAGGGAAGCUUUAGCAUAAAACAGUUUUACUAAACUGAAUCGAGUUCAAACACGAAAAGCAUCUGGUUGGUGCCAGCUUAAUAGUCAUUGAUUAGGACCUGAUUUUAAUUAGUGGCUAGAUGAUUCAUAUCUGGGAGGAGGAAUUGUAUAGAGCAGUGCUGACUGUACCAAAAACAUUAUUAAAAAACUUCUGGUGCACUGAACAGCA